AUGGGUAAAAAGAACAACGCCAGCGGUUUUCGUCCCAAGGCUUCACCUAUCAAGUACAACCGCGUAUCACCUACCACCACACCACCAACACCUAAUGGAGGAGCUAAAUCGUCGCCACGGCUCAUGCCUAUUCUCAUUGGAGGCGGUCUACUCUACAUUACAGCCACCUACGUGAGCAUGAGUGUUUUCAAGAGCAAGAGUGAUACGACAACUGGACGUACACAUGAUCAUUCAAGCCAUGAUACACCUGUGGAUGGCAACUUUGAUACAGCACCUGUGUGGGAAAAGAUAGCCAAGGAUUAUGACAAGGAGAUCGAUUGGGAUGAAUUCGUUAUGGGUAUUGGUCUUAUGCGACGAUGGUUGAUUGGCCAAGCCAAGGGUGAUGUGCUUGAAGUAUCCACAGGUACAGGCCGUAAUUUCAAGUACUACAAGGACGACCAGUUAUCAUCCGCCACUUUUACGGACCGGAACGAGGGGAUGCUCACUCAAGCCAAAAGCAAGUUCGCAGAGUAUGCCGGUCAAUUCAAAAAGACAUUUGUGGAAUUUAAGCAAGCCAAUGUGGAUCAUGUGCACACAUUGACCAAAGAGGAUAACAAUGGAAGGAGGCAUCAGCAACAAUUCGAUACCGUCGUGGAUACAUUUGGUUUAUGCUCCUGCAAGGACCCUGAACAAGCAUUGAUUUCACUGGCGGAUGCCUGUAAACCCUCUGAGGAAUCAAGGAUCUUACUUUUGGAACAUGGUCGCUCCCAUUAUGAUUGGCUCAACCGUAUCCUGGAUACCAAUGUCGACAAGCAUGUACGCCGUUGGGGUUGUUGGUGGAAUCGAGAUCUGAUGGAAUUAUUCGAACGUGAAAAGGUCAAGGAGAAGCUUGAGAUUGUCAAAGUAUAUAGGUGGCAUUUAGGCACAACAUGUUAUAUCGUAGCAAAACCCAAGACAUCAUCAUCUUAA